AUGACGCCUCCUAACCCAGUGCUGCGAAGGCAGGUGAUAGCUAUCUACAAAGGUUACCAAGCGGCUUGCCCCCCUUCCAUGUGCUGUGUCAGAGCUGACGGCUACCCAGAGCUUCUCUACCUGGGACGAGACUAUCCCUUGGGGUAUGAUUAUUUUAGGCCUCGGCUUCACAAGGCCUUCAUGAGCAAGGCAGGGGAGCGAGAUGAUGAGGCAAUUAAGAAGGGUCUUGCCCAUGCAGAAUUCGUGAAGAAAGAUGCCACGGCUGACCCUUUCCGCAGAUACUACUUAAAGAGAUACCGUACGCUGCGAAAGCGCUAUGAUCCGGAUGCUUGA